CUCGUUUGGCCAGAAGAAAACUGUAGCGGAUCUCAAUGGAUUUACUAUAUGAGAUCACACACCUAUCGGGAUAGCAUCCACAUUUACUACGGGUUCAUAAUGUUUCUGAAAGAACAACUAUGCUACAGAUAGAGGACGAGUGAAGACCCUUUGGAGGGAUGACAGACCUGGAGGCAUCGACAGUGGGGGAACCCCCUCCCCCGUAUAUGAUCUUCCUCCUGGUCUUCUUCUUCUUCAUCACUGGCCUCCUGGGCUUCCUGGUCUGCCACCUGCUGAAGAAGAAGGGCUACCGUUGCAGGACUGGGGAGGAGGAGGACGAUGACGAGUGUGAGCAGAAACUGGGACCAGAAAAGAAUGAUGAUGAAGAAGAGGACAAUCAAGACACCGUUGAACAAAUCCUGAAGUGCAUCAUUGAAAAUGAAGCUAACAUGGAAGCCUUCAAGGAUAUGCUAGGAAAACAGGAUAUAUGUCAACAUCAUGAUCCUAGAUUACUGCGCAAAGAGAGCCUGGGGGGUAUUCCACCUCAUCACCACACAGUGCACUCUGGCGCCCAGCUCGACCAUAAGUCCUGCACACUCUGUGUGCAAGGGCGGUCCAAGAAGGCCCGCCGCCUGAGCCGUGUGCCUCGGACCAAUAAGCCGAGAACGCCAGGAGAGAGGAGAGAGUCCACUGUGUUCGCUGUGGGAAGGUUCCGAGUCACCCACAUGGAUAAGAAGGAUCAGGGAUCUGGCGACCAGUUGGACCAAUCGGAGGCCCUGGAUAGUGAGAAGGGGGAUGAGGAGGACCCCCAGAGGAAGGAGGGGUACAACCUGCAGAGCAUGUUCAAAGACGUCAAAACAGAGACCACAAACGGUGUGGUGGCCACCGCGGCCAAGCGGAAGAAGAGUCUAGUUCUGUUCUCGCUGCGCAGAGGCAGUGAUCCAGUGGGGGUCAAAGUGUCACUGAGCCAGCCCGUGGUGGAAGAGGAACCCCUCUUCAAUGAUCCGUUGAAGACUGCUCCAGUGCAGACCUCCAGCCCUGUGAAGGCCCUGUCGUCCCAGCCCAGCAUGGGCUCUGCUGCACCUGACGACACUGAGAUGGCCCCUGUUAAGAUGUCCCCCACUAGGGUCACUUUUAUAGUGUCCCCCACAGAGGCUCCCGAACCGGUCUCUCCCAACACGAGUCCAGCAGGAGUUUCCCCCCUAACGCCCCCGUUACAAGAAUCCCCUAUCACCACCCCAGUACAAGUCACCCCCAUGACCCCUGAAAUAUUCCCCCUUACCCCAGGCUCCCCUACUAACCUUGCCCCUAGCCCCUUAGGCGUGGACUAG